GUGUCAAUUUGCGUCUGUAGCUGUCACUAGUAAUGUUGACUGCUUUUAUUUAUUUUGUUUAAUUGAAAGUUUUCUAUGUUUGUAAUUGGUUAUAUUUAUACUAUCAUACGUGAUCGUUUCAAUUAAUUGUUUGCACUUCUUGAAAGAAACAAACAUGCCACUCGUUAUUACCCAAUUAUGUGAGAAGUGGAAUUCAAAUUAACUUCGAAUUAUGAUAAACAAGCUGGUUUGCCAACUUGUUUGUAUUUUUUCGGCCGAGACAAUUGUAGAUCUGUAAUCAACUGUAAAGAUGAAUUUAGGAAGUAAAAAUCCGUUUGGCAAUGGACUACUGUAUGCCGGAUUUAAUCAAGACCAAGGCUGUUUUGCAUGUGCUACAGACACAGGUUUCAGAGUGUAUAAUUGUGAUCCUCUAAAAGAGAAAGAACGUCAAGACUUUGCAGAUGGGGGGCUGGCUCAUGUAGAAAUGUUAUUUAGAUGUAAUUACUUGGCUCUCGUUGGUGGUGGUGUACGGCCAGUCUAUCCCCCAAAUAGUGUAAUGGUUUGGGAUGACUUGAAGAAAAUGCCCGCAAUAUCGUUAGACUUCAAUGCACCUGUUAAAGCUGUCCGAUUGAGGAGAGAUCGAAUUGUUGUAGUGUUAGAGGGAAUCAUUAAAGUGUUUACAUUUACGCAAAAUCCGAAACAGCUGCAUGUAUUUGAAACCAGUCCAAAUCCUUUAGGAUUAUGCGUUCUUUGUCCAAACAGCAAUAAUUCACUAUUAGCAUUUCCCAGCAGAAAAAUAGGCCAUGUGCAGUUAGUAGAUCUCGCUAACACUGAACGUCCACCAUUAGAAAUAGAGGCUCAUGAUUCUGUACUUAGUUGUAUUGCACUUAAUCUUCAAGGAAAUCGAUUGGCUACAGCAAGUGAAAAGGGAACGCUUAUUAGAGUUUUUGAUUCAUCUACUGGCAAUAAAUUAGCAGAAUUAAGACGUGGCGCAAACCAGGCCGUAAUUUACUGCAUUAAUUUCAAUCAUUCAUCCACUCAUUUAUGUGUGUCCAGUGAUCAUGGUACAGUUCAUGUAUUCAGCCUAGAAGAUCCUACGAGAAACAAGCACAGCCCAUUAGCAAGUGCUCCCUUGCCAUUUCUUCCUAAAUAUUUUAACUCUCAUUGGAGCUUCGUUAAAUUCACUGUACCCCAAGGACCAGCUUGUAUAUGUGCUUUUGGUAGUGACAGCAAUUCUGUUAUAGUGAUAUGUGCCGACGGUCAUUAUUAUAAAUUUGUAUUUAAUAGCAAAGGAGAGUGUUCUAGAGAUGUUUGUGCACAGUUUCUGGAGAUGCCGGAAGACAGAGCAUAACGUUUUCCUCUGUAUUUUACCAUGAUAUCACAAUGCUCAAUAUUAUGAAAUAUGAGCAAAUUUAACUAUGACAUAUGCUAUUAUCUUUUUAAUUUUCAAUUAAUGAGUUAAUUUCACUAUUAAUAGAUUUACAAAAAAAUCAGAUUCAAAUAAUAUAUAUUUGUAUAUAUAU